AGUGGCAAAGUCUAAUUAACAGUACAAUUUGUUCCAAUAACGAAUUGGUUUUAGCCAUUGCGAAUGAUAAUUUUUGUAGUAAAACGACAAUCUAGAGGAGUUUAAUGCUAUGAUGCCCUUGCAUUGACCUCCGCAUUGAUCAAUAUUUCUACUCAACACGCUUGUACACUAAAACUAAAUAAUAUUUGAUCGACGAGUGUAAGAUUUGAGCGGUUUACAAUUUUAGUAGCGCACACGAACUCAACUUGCACAGAUGCGAAUUUCAAAAACCAUUUGGAGGUGUGCGAGUCUUUCACGAAAUGGCUGACAAGCAAGACAACCAACAACCAUCGAAAAUGACAGAGAGAAGGUUAGGCCAAAACGGAAUCGUACAGCCGCUACUUACAGACCUUUACCAAAUAACAAUGGCUUAUGCAUACUGGAAGUCGGGGAAGACCAAGGAUUACGCCGUGUUUGAUUUAUUCUUCCGCAAAAAUCCCUUUCAAGGAGAGUUCACCAUUUUCGCGGGUUUGGAAGAAUGUCUGAAAUUUUUAGAAAAAUUUCACUAUUCCAUUAGUGAUAUUGAGUAUUUGAAACAGACUCUUCCGGCGAAUAUUGAGGAAGAGUUUUAUGAAUUCUUGAGUUUGGUGUCCGCGAAGGAUGUCACUCUGUAUGCUAUUGCGGAAGGAUCAGUCGCAUUUCCCAGAGUGCCACUUAUGCGAGUUGAAGGUCCUUUAAUAAUCGUGCAAUUGCUUGAAACGACACUACUGACUUUAGUUAAUUAUGCAAGUUUGAUGGCGACAAAUGCGGCUAGGUACCGAAUGGCAGCAGGAAAUAUGAAGUUGUUUGAGUUUGGUCUUCGGAGGGCGCAGGGGCCCGAUGGUGGUCUCUCCGCGUCAAAAUACUCCUACAUAGGGGGGUUCGACGGUACCAGCAACGUGUUAGCCGGGAAACUAUUCAACAUCCCGGUGAAAGGCACCCAUGCCCAUGCCUACAUCACCUCCUUUAACGGCUUCACCGACUUGAGGAACACCAUGUUGGAGUCGAAAGACGGUGGUGAACCCCGGGAUCUCCUCCAGUUGGCCCUCACUUGGAGGACCAACUUGGUCCCCAUUUUCAAGGUUGUGGCUUCGGAAGCCAGCGACGGCGAAUUAGCCGCGCUUAUUUCCUUCGCUAUUGCCUUUCCUGACGGAUUUAUGGCCUUAGUUGACACGUAUGACGUUAAGAGGUAUCCCUCUCACACGAAUACCACCACCCAAUCGCAUAACGAGUACAGGAGUGGUCUACUCAAUUUUUGCUCAGUAGCGUUAGCGCUAAACGAUUUGGGAUAUCGCGCUAUUGGUAUCCGGUUAGAUAGUGGCGAUUUGGCUUAUCUCUCCAAUGUUGCUCGUCAAUUCUUCGCCGAGAUUAGUGAAAAGUUUGACGUUCCUUGGUUUGAAGAUUUAAUGAUAAUGGCUUCUAACGAUAUCAAUGAGGAGACAAUCCUAAGUCUGAAUGAGCAAGGGCACAAAAUCAACUGUUUCGGGAUUGGCACACAUCUAGUGACAUGUCAAAGACAGCCUGCUCUAGGUUGUGUCUACAAGCUAGUUGAGCUUAAUGGCCAACCUAGAAUCAAACUUAGUCAAGAUGUCGGAAAAGUGACAAUGCCGGGCCGUAAAGACGCCUAUCGGUUAUACAGCGAAAGUGGUCACGCUCUUGUUGAUCUCCUUCAAAGAUCAAUGGAGCCUCCACCUGCUAUCAACGAAAAAGUCUUGUGCCGUCAUCCAUUCAUCGAGUCCAAAAGGGCAUACGUCAUACCCUCACGAGUCGAAAAACUUUUAACCCUUUAUUGGAAAAACGGUGGUAUUUGUCAGUCUUUACCAAAUCUGCAACAAAUCAAAGAGAGAGUACAGUCAUCGUUGCGGACGUUAAGACCCGACAUUAAACGAAACCUAAAUCCUACACCUUUCAAGGUUGCAGUCAGUGAUGCGUUAUACACGUUUCUUCACGACUUGUGGCUAGAAAACGCUCCAAUUGGAGAAUUAUCCUAAUCUACUUAAAAAUGAAAUAGCACAGUUAAGAUAUAAUGCUUCAUAGUACAAAUUUAAUAUCCACAUAUAUGUUACCCACCUGUCACGUAUCUUGGCUGUGAGUUGUAUUAUUUUCUUGCUACGGUAGUUGUGCCAUUUUACAUAGCACAUGUUUGUACUUUCCAAAUUUUAUAGACGAACUUAUUUUAUAGACCGACACAUUAUUUUGUAAUAAAGUAUACAAAAAG